UUUCUCGGUUUCCUCCUAUACUAACAUUGGAUAGAGCGUCCAAUAGCUAAUAAACUGAUAAGUGGCGAAUAUGAAACAAAAAAAAAAUUGUUGAUUUGUCAGUCAAGACUCAAGAGCUCGCACUUACAACAACUCUCUGGCAGAUUGUUUCAACAGUUCACAACUUUCAUUCUAAAAAAGUUUCCCUAAUAAUUUUCUGAAAUUGUGACUUCUUCAGCUUUAAGUUGUGACCUCCAGUGGGGCGGAUAUCCACCAGCUCCAGAGGUGAUUCUUUAACUACACAAUGAGAACAGUCAAGAGAUACUUCAAGCAUCUGGUGCUCUUCCCAUCCAUCAUUGCCACCCUCCAAAUUCUUAGCUUUGUGAAGCAAGUGUUAACAAGCUUUGCCUCUUUUGUCAUCCAGAGAAAGGAACCCCAUGUUGUCAGGACGCCCGAAGAGCGAUUCCGGGGUCUUGAAGCUGUCGGUUAUACCUUUAAGCCUAACUAUGUUGACUUACCAGUUGGCGGAGGACGAACCCUUCCAAGAGUUCACUAUGUGGAUGAAGGCCCUCGUGAAGCUAAAGAAACGAUGUUAUGUCUCCACGGCGAACCAAGCUGGUCCUUCCUCUACCGGUACAUGAUCCCUGGACUAGUCAAGGCUGGUUAUCGUGUCAUCGCCCCAGACUUUAUUGGGUUCGGUAAAUCUGACAAAUUUACUUUCCCUGAAGCUUAUAGUCAUGAUCUUCACACACAAACUUUAAGGUUAUUGUUAGAUCAUCUAGGUGUGAGUGGUGUCACUCUUGUGUGUCAGGACUGGGGUGGUUUGAUUGGUCUCUCGGUGGUGAAAGAUUCUCCACAUUUCUUCAGCAGAUUGGUCAUUAUGAACACUGGUCUGCCAGCAGGUACUGAAUUUUCCAUCUACAACAUCACUAGAAUAAUGCCCUUCCUGCUGUGGCGUAGUUUUGCUGAGCUUCUUGGAACAUCCAUGCCCGUAUAUCUCUUGUUUAAGACAGCAUUACUUAACCCCCAUCCUGCUGUCCUGGAUGGCUACAAUGCACCUUUUCCAUCACCACUAUACAAAGCUGGAGCUGCCAGAUGGCCACUUUUAGUUCCCAUAACCUCUCACACACCAGUCGCUGUUGACAUGCAAGACACUCGUAACUUCUUGUCUAAAGAGUGGAAACGGCCAGUCUUGAUAAUGUUCUCUGACCGUGAUCCUAUUACACAAGGCCAAGAUAAAACCUUUCAAAAGCUCCUACCUCAAGCCAUCACGAAAACAAUAACAAGAGCUGGGCAUUUCCUUCAGGAAGACAAAGGGGAAGAACUUUCAGCUCAUAUCAUCAGUUUUAUCAACAACAGGUUGUAAAGGUCCAGCCCACAGAUGACAUACUUUAUUGGUUACUGAGGAACUCUCUUUACAGACAUGGAGUAAAAAUUUAUGUAAGUGUUAUUCUGAAAUAAUUGUGGAAACUUUUACAUUAUUAUUUUUAAUUAUUAUUGGCAUGAAUGACCACAGAGUAUUAGCUUAAGUUUAUACACCAAACAUGUAUAUGUAUAGUGAAGUUGUAGAAUGUAUUAUGGUAUUGUGCUCAUGAAGUACUGGACAGUAAUGGAUACUGUAAUAUUCUCUAGACCAUUAUGAACUUGGCUCCUUGGAGGAACAGUAGUGUGUGAGUCACUGACCUCCACAAUGUGUGACCACUUCCUUACAUAGGAAAUAAUUAACUAAUUUACAAAUACUGUAAGGAAAUAAAAAUUUUAAAGAUACUAUUCUGUAUGGAAAGGAAGAACAGUAGAAUGCAUCUUUAAGCAGUAAUAAUGAAGAACACAUAAAGGAAAUAUAUAGUUGUAUUUGAUCAUGUUUCUCCUUACAUCAAGUAUUAAUCCCUUCACUGUACAGUACAGUAAAUACUUAGUGUCAUGGUUAUGUUCUGGACUCCAAGAUGUGAGGUCAACACUGGCCAGGUCAAGCAGGGUUGGUGUUUCCAACUGGGAGGUACCAUCCUGGAUGGCUGGUUAUACAUCCACAGUAUUGUAAUAUAGAUAAAGUCUAUUAUUUAUCAA